AUCUCCAUUUGGGCGGCUCAGUGGUAAGACCUGCUGGACGGAACCAUGAGUUGGAGCAGGGGCUACAGCAGAUGUACUCCACCAACCAGGAGCAGCUGCAGGAGAUUGAGUACCUGACUAAGCAGGUGGAUUUGCUGAGGCAAAUGAAUGACCAGCAUGCUAAGGUAUACGAGCAGCUAGAUGUGGCGGCCAGAGACCUGGAGCAGGGCAACCACAGGCUGAUUCUGGACAACCGCGUCGCCCAGCAGAGGAUCAACUGCCUGACAGAAACGAUCAACAGUCUUGAGACCCACAUGGAGGACUUGCAGACCCAGGUGGAGGAGCUGAGGACAGCCCAGUCUGACCGGAGCAGGAGAGAACUGGCCGAACAGAGACACAACCUCGGAGCACAGAGUGUGUCCUGCCUCAAGGAGCUGUAUGACCUGCAGAAAGACAAGUACAUGGCCUAUGAGAGCCUGCGUGUGGAGCAUUCCUGGCCAGCAAGGAAGGAGUCCUGUCAGGACCCAGACCCCGAUGAGGAGAACUCUGUGCUCCAGCGCUCCAUCCAGACCCUGCAGGCUGUUCUGGCCUCUGAGCGGGGGAAGCGGGAGGCAGCGGAACAGGAGACUGAGCUGACUGCCAGGGAGAACGGGGCUCUGGAGCAGCGGCUGGCCCUGCUGGAGGGCUGCCGGGCUAGGCAGAGGGAGCUGGAGGCAGAGGUGGAGGAGCUACGGCAGCUGUGGCAGGCCGACUACGCCAACAGCGUCAGGAGACCUGACCGGCUACUGCUGCCUGACACUGUCUUCUUCGCCCCAGAGGAGAAGCCCAGUCUGGUACAAAAGGAGGAGGAAGUGGGCGAGCAGGGGAGGCGCAGCCUGCAGAGGUGCAACAGCGAAAGUGUUCUGAAGGGGACACUAGCAGACGACAUCCGGCGGGGGCAUGAACGUACAUGUAUCAGAAGAGCAGAGGCGGUGAAGCAGAGAGGAAUCUCCCUGCUCAAUGAGGUGGACGCCCAGUAUAGUGCACUGCAGGUCAAAUACGAGGAGCUUCUGCGGCGCUGCCAGCUGGGGGCAGACGGGCUCAGUCACAAGGCCGUGCAGACACCCCACAGUUCCCACGGCACUGUCAGUUACCCCCAACGGCGCCUCUCAAGCUCGGCCACCUCCAUCGGGCUCCCAGCUGUCCCAGAAGACAACGGGCCUCAGCCGGAGUACAAGGCCCUUUUCCAGGAGAUCUUCACCUGCAUCCAGAAGACCAAAGAGGACCUAAGUGAGAACAAGUGGCCGAGUCCGGGUCAUUGACUCUGGGGACAGUGAUGGCAGUAUGUGUUCUUUCUGCACCUUUGAAUGGACUGCUCAAUAGGAUAUUGCUAUAGGAGAGGGCCUCAAAUAGCAGAUUCCAAAGGGUGUUUGUGUGUGUGUGUGUGUGCGCGCACGUGCACUAACACCUGUACCUCUUAUACAACAUGUGCCCUGUUGUCUCCUUCAAUCCUGUCAACGCUAUCACCUCGACACGCUCCGAUGGUUUCAUAAGCACUUUUCUUAUCUACCGUCCAUCCCUUUGACUACUUUCC